AUGAUAGAUUUGUUACCGCCCUUUCGUUCAUUUCUAAAAUACAAAAGUGUGUGCACCGAUAACAAUGUGUUUCGCUUGCACUAUAAAAUUACGGUGAUUAUGUUGCUUAUGUUCACCGUAAUGGUUACCUCGAAACAGUUUUUUGGAGAACCCAUACAUUGUAUGAGCGAAUCUGACGAAAAUAAUGAUAAAGAUGCCAUUAACAACUAUUGCUGGAUUUACGGAACGUACACUUUGAAGAGCCAACUUGUGGGUAUAGAAGGCAAACACAUGGCUUAUGCCGGCGUGGGUCCAAGCAAAACACAAAAUGAUGAACAAAUUAAGCAUACAUACUACCAGUGGGUGUGUUUUGUUCUUCUGGGACAGGCAGUCAUGUUCUACAUUCCACACUAUCUUUGGAAGUCAUGGGAAGGUGGAAGACUUAAAGACUUAGCAGAAAACUUGAAUUGCCCAAUAGUGACAAAUCAUUGGACUGAACAGCGCCGUGAUCAGUUGUUGGCUUAUUUCAAUGACCUUAAUAAUAAUGGUGCUAACACCCAUAAUAUGUAUGCACUGCGUUUUGCUUUCUGUGAAUUGCUGAAUCUUCUCAAUGUGAUUGGCCAGAUAUUUCUAUUGGAUUUGUUUUUGGGAGGAUCUUUCCGGAAUUAUGGUACUGCUGUUGCAGCAUUUACCCACUCACCAAGGCUUCCAGCAGAUAUGACAGACUUUGUUUCCGUCAACCCCAUGGAUCGUUACUUUCCGAAGCUGACUAAGUGCUGGUUCAGAUCAUAUGGACCUUCAGGAUCAUUACAACUAAAAGACCGAUUGGCUGCGAGAAGGAUAGCGCAUUGCCAUAUUCGGGACCAUUCCAACCCUUUCGACGUGUCUGCAGAGGUUUUUACCAAAUUAUACAGGCUCUCCAAAAGAACUGCGCAUUUUUUAGUGGAGUGUCUUCACCAGAAUUUAAAUCGACAAAGGCAGCACGGAAUUCCUGUGCAUAUCAAAGUUUUGGCUUCACUCCAUUUCUUUGGACAUGGCGGCUACCAAACAACGGUUGGGCAGGGGCAGUAUUUAGGUUUAAGUCAGCCAUCUGUAAGCAAAUGCUUACAAGAAGUUGCUGAUGCAAUUAUAACUGUUUUAUUGAACGGUAUGGUGCUAUUUCCAGAGACUGAAGAGGAAAGGGCAGAAAAUAAACAGAGGUUUUUACAGAUAGCAAGGUUCCCUUCAGUCUUGGGUUUGAUAGACUGUAGUCAAAUCUCCAUUGUUCGCCCAAAAGACACAGCACUUGUGCCAGCGAGAUUAUUUUUUAAUCGCAAAGGCUUUUAUAGUCUUAAUUGCCAAUUUGUAUGUAAUGCAAAGAUGGAAAUAAUUCAUUUCAAUGCCACUUUUCCUGGAUCAACACAUGAUGCAGCGGUCUGGCAAGGAUCUAGUUUGAGCCAAUUAUUGGAAACCAAUUAUGUUAACGGAGUUUCAGCUGGUGAAUGGCUUCUAGGAGACUCUGGAUAUGCCCAACUGCCUUGGCUGAUGACCCCGUCAUGCUGA